AUGGGACGAGACAAGAUGCCCAUCACAAACGAUGCAGAUUUAGGUGGGAAUACCGAUCAAGAAGCCCAGGUCACCAACAGUCAUGCCUCUCGUGGGAAAUGGUUUCAAAACGAAGUUGCUGAACUAGAAGCUAGCCGUUGGUGGUUCCUCUCAGCGGCAUUCCCUAUGACCGCAGGGGCUCUAGGUCCCGUAGCUUCGGCGUUUAGUAUCUGUUCCCUAGUUGAGCCAUGGCGACAGCAUCUCGUUCCCGGGGGAGCUAUCCAGGACGCCGCUCCAGUCCCCGACCCGACGUGGUUGACGAUUGUCGAGGCCAUCCAGCUUGUUAUCGGCAUCAUCUCCAACAUAUUUCUUCUCCUCAACAUGGCAAGACGAGUCCAAUUUCGCCUGGCCCAGCCCAUCACAAUAAUUGGAUGGUACGCCUCUGCUCUAUGCCGCAUGUCUCUGAGCGCUGCUGUCACUCGGCCUCUCAAAGACAUUGGGUUCCCUCAAAACGAGGUUGUCUGGUCUCAGGCAUUUUACUAUGGCAUUUGGGCAGCCAUCCUCUAUUUCAUCGAUGCUUCGCUCAUGGCGGCUACCUUCUGGGGUGCUUUGACUAGUCGCUACCGGAAGGACUUUAUACUGACCUUAAGUCAACGCACUCUAAUGUUACAGACCAUUAUGUUCCUUACAUACCUCCUCCUUGGCGCCUAUGUCUUUUCCCAAGUUGAAGGCUGGAACUACCUGGAUGCUGUGUAUUGGACCAUUGUUACCCUCUUUACUGUUGGAUUUGGUGAUUACUAUCCUAAUACUCCUCUUGCAAGAGCGCUCCUGAUCCCAUACGCCCUCACUGGUAUUAUAACUCUUGGUUUAGUCAUCAGCUCAGUUAGGAGCCUAAUGCUUGAGCGUGGACGACGCUGCGUCGCAGCCCAAAUGGACGACAGGAAGCGACGCAAGAUGAUCCGGACUAUAACACGCAGUGGUGACGAUAAGGUCCUCGAGCCCAUCCGCCAACAGUUCGAAAUCUCUCACACACAAUCAAAUAAAGCGCCGGCAAACGAGUUCGAGCGCCGCAAGGCCGAGUUUGCUCUGAUGCGCAAGAUUCAGGCCAAAUCCUCAUCUCACAGAAGAUGGGUAGCUAUGGCUAUCUCUACGUUCUCAUGGCUCGUUCUAUGGCUCGUGGGUGCUGUUGUCUUUGAGAAGGCUGAGAAUCCCUAUCAAAACUGGUCAUACUUUAACGCUCUCUACUUCUGCUUCGAGGCCUGGACGACUAUCGGAUAUGGUGAUCUCGCCCCUAUAUCUAAUGCAGGCAGAUCUUUCUAUGUCUUUUGGUCUCUCCUAGCCUUGCCCACGAUGACGGUACUUAUCUCACAUGCUAGUGAUACUGUGGUUAGGAUCAUCCGAGAUGGCACCAUUCUACUCGGAAAUGUCACGAUCCUACCGAACGAUGGAGGCUUUAUCGGAAACAUGAAGCAUAUCAUCAGCAAGAUUACGUUCGGUAAGGCCUUCCCAGCUGGGACCGUGAACGAGGCCUACGAACCAACUCUCCAAGACGACAACAGAGGCUGCUCCAGUGCCUCUGCUGUCGGCCAAGGGGUUUCACAGGACAGCCGCCGAUCACACACUCGUGCUGCUCCAUCAAUUUUCACCUCCGAAUUGCGCUGCAAUCACCACGAUGGGCUUCCCACAGGCACUGACUUCCACUUCCUCCUUAUCUCCGAGAUCAAGGUCAUCGCCACCCACCUCAAAGAAUCCAAGCCGCAUCGCUACACUUUCGACCAAUGGGCCUGGUACCUCAAACUCAUGGGCGAAGAUGAACACAAUGCACAGAUGCACUGCAAGGCCACGCCGAAGGGAAAGGCCCGGGAUCCUAGCCAUGGGGACUCAGAUAUGGAGCUGACGUGGUCGUGGGUCGGGCCUGGCAGUCCUUUAGUGGGUAGUCAGGAGGAGAGCGAGUGGAUUUUUAACAGGCUGGUGGAUAGGCUGUGGGACUCGCUGUCGUCUGAGCGGAGGCGGAGGCUGUGGGACCUUGCCAGGGAGGUGUAUCCAGAGCUAUAG